AUGGAUGACAAGGCAACAAACAUCACCGCAGAACAAGCUGCAAGGUCUCAUGAGAAUAAAUCGGAUAUCGCGCUCGGUGUUGCGCUUUGUUGUAUAGGUUGUGGAACCGCGAUAGCUGCCAUGACACAAUAUGGUCUUGGGAAACACGGUUGGACAUUGAAUCUCGAUCAACAAGUCAACUACGGACGCUGUUUCUGGAUAUCCAUUUUCUUCUACGCCGCAUCGUUGUACUUUACGAAAAUGUCCUUUCUUUUCCAAUACUACCGCCUCAUGUCCGUGUCUCGCAUGCGCUGGGUCUACAUCGCCUCGAUGGUCGUCGUCACAAUAUGGAGUGCAUCGCAAAUAAUCGGCAUAUCCUUCCUCUGUGUCCCGUUGCAAGCAGUUUGGGAUCCGAGGAUAAAGGGCAAAUGUUUCCGGCAUCAGCUUGUGAUGUGGUACGUCAAUGCGAUAGUACAUAUAGUCAUUGACUUUGCGAUCAUUGUCAUGCCGCUUCCUAUUGUUUGGAGACUUCAACUGCCUCGGGCACAGAAACUGUUGUUGUCGGGUAUCUUUGGACUAGGUUUCUUUACCAUUGCAAUUUCCAUCUUCCGAAUACAAUGGCUCACGCCCCAAAAGGACUUCACGUGGUGGAACGUCACGGCAGCAUCAUGGUCUCUCGCCGAGCUCGUUUCCGGCAUCGCAUGCGCCUGUCUUCCGACGUACAAACCUCUACUCAUAAAACUCAAACAAUGUGUUGGAAGAGGCGACAAGUCCAUGCGUCUUCAAAGCAGGAGUGUGGAUGCUUCGAAUUUCAGUAAAGGGGAGGUACCAUCGAUCUAUACUGGCACGUACGGUACGCAAACAAACAUAACAGCAACAAAUGUUUACGAUGGGGUUGAUGCGAAGAGAAAGUCGAGGAAGGAAUCCAAGUCUUCGGUGGGUUAUCUCUUUGACGAAACAAUCUCAUCCAUCAUGACUCUCCUUCGCGAUCUCCUGGCAGCAGCCAACAAAGAAUUCGCAGCCGCUACCAACAGCGGCCCCUACUCAUCCUACGAACAAAUCCAACUCCUGCUCGAUGUCGCAAAGAAGUCCGUCCACGACCUCGUUUGUGAUCCCAAGGGCACCUUUGCUUCCCUCGAUCUUGACACUAUCAUAGAGGCAUGUGAGUCCGGCCAUCCAGCCAUUGAACAGACUUGGAACGGAGAUAUGGGUCGUUGCACCGACUUUGCUCUUCGCAUCGCUCAUCGUCUGACUCAAGACGAGACUAAGACUAUUACUACUGACCACACCGUUUCUUGGAAGCUCUUGCAUGAUAGACUCAGCAUCACUAACUGGGACUGCGACGAGGAAAUCUUCAAGAGAGUCUCCCACACCGAAGCGCUGGCACAGGAUCUCUACGAGGUCGCCCGCUUCGUUCCACUAAUCGUGCACUUCCGCGAAUUCGAUCCCUUUCAUUUCCAGAAUUUCGACACUGUUUCUGUCAACAUGCUCGGUUCGUUCGUCGACGACCACCUAGUCGGGCCCGCGCAUUUCCCGUACGGAAUCAUCAAGUGGAAGCUUGAGGACCAGCAGCUCAUCCUCCGCCGCGACGUGGACAGUGGCGAUAAGGGGAUCAUUUGGUGGUUUCACUUCCAUACAGAGGAGGAUGAGGAAAAAGCCAGUAUUGAGUUUGCUUGGUUUUUGGAUGAGUAUUGUGGUCCGUAUGUUGAACUGCAGUGGGAUGCUGGGGAUGUGAGGUCGUUCUUUGUGAAGAUUUGGAAUGCUUGCACUGCGGUUUUUGGGAAGCCAAAGGUCAUCCGUUCGUUGAUGCGUGGUCACUAA